CUCUCUCUCUCUCUCCUACAGUAUAUAUACAGCCUCCAGGGAGUACGCAGAGAAGCUCCGCACCUGUGCAAGCAAGGCAAGGCAAGGCAAGGAGAAGACUUUGUUCAUUUUUCUGGAACGUCACACCUGGUUUGCAGAUUCCCUCUGCUGGCUGUCAGAAGAACUCCUGGAGAUACCCACGAUGCCCUUCAGUAGAACCCAGUCUGCCCCUCCCCUCAACCUCGAGGACCCCGCCUCCUGCAAGGCCAGCCAAUCACAAGGCUCUGCUCGGGGUUCCUCCCUGACCUGUGAUGACCCAGAGGCUCUGACCCCCCUAGAGGAGGACCCCUGGGCGAUGCCGCAGCUCCAACAAACAGGACCGUCCUGGGGAGAGCUGGACUGUGCUGGGAAGCUGCUCCGCGUCUUCAUGGGCAUCCUGAAGGGGGUGCUGCUCGUUGGGUGCCUCUACUUCUUCAUCUGCUCCCUGGACGUGCUCAGCUCCGCCUUCCAGCUGGUGGGAGGCAAGGUGGCAGGGGAUAUCUUCAGUGACAAUGCAGUGCUGUCGAACCCGAUGGCCGGGCUGGUGAUCGGAGUGUUGCUCACAAUCCUGGUGCAGAGCUCCAGCACCUCCUCCUCCAUCGUUGUCAGCAUGGUGUCCUCUGGGUUGUUGACUGUCAGCGCCUCCAUCCCAAUCGUCAUGGGCGUCAAUGUGGGCACCUCGGUCACGAGCACCCUGGUCUCGCUGGCACACUCCGGAGAUCGCAACGAGUUCCGCAGAGCCUUUGGGGGUUCGGCCGUCCACGGGCUUUUCAACUGGCUGACCAUCAUCGUGGUCCUGCCAAUCGAACUCAUCAGCGGCUACCUGUUACACCUGACCAAUGCCAUCAUCAGCAGCUUCCACAUCCAAUCAGGGAAGGAUGCGCCCGACAUCCUGAAGGUCCUGACUGAGCCCCUGACUCUUCUGAUCAUCCAGCUGGACAAGAGCGUCAUUUCGGGCAUCGCCACAGGAGACCCAGAGAGCAAGAACAAGAGCCUGAUACUCAACUGGUGCAAAGUCCAGGAGACAGUGGUUCUGAAGAACGUCUCAGUGACUAACUUGACUGAGUGUGAGAGCCACCUGUGCUUCACCACGGAGAACCAGACCCUGGUGCUGAAAAACGUCUCCGAGAAAAUCAACCUGCAGCUCUGUGACCAUGUCUUUGUGAACACCUCCCUCUCUGACAUCGCGGUGGGCUUCAUCCUGCUCUUCGGCUCCCUGCUGGUCCUGUGCACCUGCCUGGUGCUCAUCGUCAAGCUGCUGAACUCCGUCCUGCAGGGGCAGAUCGCCCAGGUCAUCAAGAAGGUGCUGAACUCAGACCUGCCAUAUCCCUUCGGCUGGGUGAACGGCUACCUGGCCAUCCUGGUUGGCGCGGUGAUGACCUUCAUCGUCCAGAGUAGCUCCGUCUUCACCUCCGCCAUCACCCCACUCAUAGGAAUGGGAGUGAUCAGUCUGGAGCGAGCUUACCCGCUGUGCUUGGGUUCCAAUGUCGGGACCACGACCACUGCCGUGCUGGCGGCUCUCGCCAGCCCAGCCGAGUCGCUUGGGAGCGCAUUGCAGGUGGCUCUGAUCCACCUCUUCUUCAACCUGACGGGGAUCCUGCUGUGGUACGUGGUGCCUGUGCUGCGGCUGCCCAUCCCGAUAGCCAAGGUCUUCGGUGACAUCACGGCGAAGUACCGCUGGUUCGCGGGGCUCUACGUGCUCCUCAGCUUCAUCCUCCUGCCCCUCUCCGUGUUCGGGCUGUCUCUGGCGGGCUGGCCGGUGCUGCUCGGGGUGGGGGGUCCCAUCCUGCUCCUCAUUGUCUUCUCUAUAGUGGUGACCUUCUGCCAGCGCCGCUGCCCCCAGUGUCUGCCCCCCAUCCUCCGCACAUGGAACUUCCUACCCAGCUGGGCUCACUCCUUAGAACCCUGGGACCGCCUGCUCUCCUCCUGCUGUGGGUUCUGUUGCCGGUGCCGAUGCUGUCGCCAGGGGCAACCGAGCGCCAUGGACACAGGCGCCAAGGAGCUGCAGGUGUAUGAUAACCCAACAGUCCUGCACUCCUUGGAGCUGUAAGAGAAACUCAACGGCUCCCUCCAGAGGAAGGGGCAAUAGUGAAACAAAGCCAGGACCGCCUUACAGGAGAUAUAUAUAUAUUUAUGAUGGAAAAAUUAAAUACAUUAUUUUCUAUUGGAAUGUAUAAUUAGAUUUUGUAUUCCUAAAUAAUGAAAUGUGUUUUUAGUUUCAUGUCAUUUUUGUAUUAUUUUUAUUUUUAUUAUUAUUAUUAUUAUUAUUAUUAUUAUGAAAUGCCUGUGUUUUGCAAAAUGAAUAGCGACAGUAUCGUGCAUUAUGUAUUAUGUAUCCCAUGUAAGUAAAGGGGUGAUCUGAACCUACACCCUUUACAGAACUACACAUUUCUAAGGGUAAUCCCACGAUAACCACGGCUAUUUUUUUUUUGUACCGACCAUAAACUUUAUCUUGUUUAUUACCUCA